AGUUGUCCAGGAGGAGGGAUUUGGGUUAAAAAUAGCUAUGGCGUGUGGCUCAGCCUCUAGUGGUACCCAGGACUGGGGAGGGGAGGGGGAUGCUCUAGAGCUGUCGCCAGACUGGUUGCUGUGGAAACAAGAGAGGAGCAGGGGAGCCUGGGAAAUGGGGAUGACACAGAUAGCAAGUCCUGGCCAGAGCUGCCGCUACAUUUAGGAGAAACAGCGGUGUCUGUGGCUCCCACCCUGCAAGGGGGCCAGGGGAGGGGUGGUGUCAGGGGCAUGGACGCUACCCCCCAGGGGUCUCUGCUGCCGGCUACUCUCCUCUCCAUACGCUGUUCCCCUGGAGCGGGAGGCCAGAACCAUUCCCAGGAAGAGGAGAAGGUUGAAGAGAAGCAGGUCCUUCUGAACCUUCCCUGGCAGGGGUCCGGACCUCCCGCUCAGGGCACACUGCAGCUCAGAUCGCUUCUCAGGGGGAAGCAUUUGAAGCAAAAUCAGGCCCCCUGCGGCCGCCGCCAUGGCCCGCGCCGGCGCCCCGCGCUCCCCGGGCCGCGAGCCCCCGCGCCGCCGCGGCCGCCAGCGCUACGUGGAGAAGGACGGCCGGUGCAACGUGCAGCAGGGCAACGUGCGCGAGCCGGGCCGCUACCUGACCGACCUGUUCACCACGCUGGCCGACCUGCAGUGGCGCCUCAGCCUGCUCUUCUUCGUGCUGGCCUACGCGCUCACCUGGCUCUUCUUCGGCGCCAUCUGGUGGCUGGUGGCCUACGGCCGCGGCGACCUGGAGCACCUGGGCGACGCGGCCUGGACGCCCUGCGUCAACAACCUCAACGGCUUCGUGGCCGCCUUCCUGUUCUCCAUCGAGACGGAGACCACCAUCGGCUACGGGCACCGCGUCAUCACCGACCAGUGCCCCGAGGGCAUCGCGCUGCUGCUGCUGCAGGCCAUCCUGGGCUCCAUGGUGAACGCCUUCAUGGUGGGCUGCAUGUUCGUCAAGAUCUCGCAGCCCAACAAGCGCGCCGCCACGCUCGUCUUCUCGUCGCACGCCGUGGUGUCCCUGCGCGACGGCCGCCUGUGCCUCAUGUUCCGCGUGGGCGACCUGCGCUCCUCGCACAUCGUCGAGGCCUCCAUCCGCGCCAAGCUCAUCCGCUCGCGCCAGACGCUCGAGGGCGAGUUCAUCCCGCUGCACCAGACCGACCUCAGCGUGGGCUUCGAGACGGGCGACGACCGCCUCUUCCUCGUGUCCCCGCUCGUCAUCAGCCACGAGAUCGACGCCGCCAGCCCCUUCUGGGAGGCGUCGCGCCGCGCCCUGGAGAGGGACGACUUCGAGAUCGUGGUCAUCCUGGAGGGCAUGGUGGAAGCCACGGGGAUGACCUGCCAGGCCCGGAGCUCCUACCUGGUGGAUGAGGUGCUGUGGGGCCACCGCUUCACGUCGGUGCUCACGCUGGAGGACGGCUUCUACGAGGUGGACUACGCCAGCUUCCACCAGACCUUCGAGGUGCCCACGCCGUCGUGCAGCGCCCGGGAGCUGGCCGAAGCGGCCGCCCGCCUCGACGCCCAUCUCUACUGGUCCAUCCCCAGCCGCCUGGACGAGAGGGCGGAGGAGGAGGGGCCCGGCGAGGGCGCGGACGCGGGGCCCGGCGGCGACACGGAGCGGAACGGCCGCCUGCCCCCGCCGGAGUCGGAGUCCAAGGUGUGACCGCGUCCUCCCGAGCCUGUGGCAGGGCCGGACACCGUUCGGGAGCUGGAUGGCGCGGCGCAGGCGGAGGUGGAGGCAGAGGCAGGCGGGCGGGCUGUGCUGACGCCCCCUCCCAGGCCCCUCCCAGGCCCCUCACAGGCCGGCCGGACCGGGGGGAGGGCCUCGCCGAGGCGCCCGAGGAACGUGGCGGCCUGUGCGCGUCUGGCCUCCGCGGCCCCGGCCGGCUGCGCGGACAGAGGGACGGAGCAUGUGCCCCCGGCCACGCCUGAGCCCGGAGCGUCUCUGGGCAAAGUCUAAAGGGGCUGCCUGUCCCCCGGGCGACGCCCCCGCCCGGCCCUCACGGGCUCCUCGCCGGCCUCCCGCGGGGCUGACCCGGGCUGACCACCCCGCAGGAGCCGCGGCCACAAGGCCCAGGGCUGGCGCAGCAGGGGCGCGUGGCCUGCCGCCAGCAGACGGGAGUGGGCCCGGCGCAGGGGAGGACGCGGGCAGAGGCGGAGAGGGACCCUCCAGGACGGAGAAGGGCCGGAGGGACCCAGAAAGGGAGCUCGCCCGCCGAGCUCGGGGGGGGGGGGCACUGAGGCGGAGGGCACCGGGGGACCCCGGCCCCACCCCGGCCGCGCACCUGCCCCUGCGGCGAGCACCGUGGUUCCGAGUGGACCGAGCGUUGAGCAGAGGCCGGAGGCUCCGGGAUCAAACCAAGGGAGUGAGGAGGCGCGAGAGCGAGGAAGGCCCGGGCACCGCGGGCACCAGCUGCUGUGUCAGCCACAGGCUUGCCAGCCCCUGCUCCGCCUCACUCCCAGUUUCUGACUCAGUGGGUCUGGGGAGGAGAGCAAAAAUUUGCACUUCUAGUAAGUUCUCAGGUCAUGGUGAUGCUGCUGGAGCGGGGGCCACACUUUGAGAACCACUGCUCUACACACAGCCUGGGGAGCCACAUCAGGAGGCUGCGCAUUGGAGCUGAGGGGGAGCUGAGGAGGAGCUGAGGGGGAGCUGAGGAGGAGCUGAGGGGGAGCUGAGGA